AUGCGAGCUCCUAGUCAUUUCAAGGUACCUUGGAUGGGGUCAGAGCUAACAGCUAUGGAAUUCCCGGGGCUGGUAGCAGUCUCAAUUCUCGUAUGCUUAACACGUGGUGGAGCUAAGGAUUUCAUACCUUCUUUCUUUUCUAUCUUUCUUCUCGCCGACCAAGGCGAGGCGCUCUUAAGCCGUUUCAGGAAGGGAAGGGGCCAUCUACUACAAAAUCAUACCUUUCGGACGUUGCCACCGCUCAAUCCACCCCUGCAGAAAGUUGGUAUUCAAGAGACGGAAACUAUGUCAAGAAGGUGGAACUAG